AUGCCAGCCCUCAAGAAAGUCGAGGUCAUUACCGACGGUGCCCCGGCCCCAUUGCCGUUUUAUUCACAGGGUGUGAAGGUUGGAGAUAUGGUCUAUGUAUCCGGAAGCCUGGGCAUUGAUCCUUCCACAGGAAAGUUCGUUGAGGGCACUGUGGCGGACCGUACUACUCAAAUUCUGAAAAACAUUUCAAACAUUCUUGAAGCUGCAGGCACAAGCCUCCACAACGCUGUUAAACUCAAUGUGUUCCUUACGGACAUGGAAAAUUUUAGUAUCCUCAAUGAGGCAUAUGAGAAGUUCUUUACGCAGGGCGUGCGCCCGAUCAGGACUUGUGUUGCUGUCAAGCAACUCCCGUUUGGCACCGAUGUUGAGAUCGAGGCAUCCGCGCAUUUGUAG